GUUCUUUGUUCUGAUAUCUGUUUGAAAGGUUCCAUUUCGGGUCGGCGACGGGAAAUGCAAAGCGCCAUCUCCAAAAGCUCUUCCCUCAAAGCCUCAUUUUCUGCCUCUCUUUCGGAAAUCUCCCCUCUCUCUCUCUCUCUCUCUCUCUCUCUCUCUCUCUCUCUCUCUCCAUCGCAGUCGUCCAUCUUUCCGGUCGAACGAAUCCCGACGCCAUGGAAUCCGACUUCUCGGACUCCGUCGAGUCCGGUCUGAAGCUCGCGAAGCGCGUCUACAACGGCAAGGACCGGUUCGUAUCAGCACCGAAACCGCUCCCUGCCAUGGACAAAUUCCCUCUGUCACGGCCUACGUACCUUCCGACGGCCCUGAUGGUGUAUGCCGUGAUCUCCGAUCCCGCGAUCGUUGACAACCCAGACAUCCCGAGCUACCAGCCGCACGUCCAUGGCCGAUGCGACCCUCCAGUGCUGAUCCCGCUGCAGAUGAACGAGAUCGGGAUGGAAGUGGACUGCGAUCUCGACACGGCGUUCGUGAAGGUGAAAGGCUCGUGGCGUGUGCAUUGCGUGAUGGGUAGCCGCAGCUGUGAUUGCCAGUUCGUUGUCCCGAUGGGGGAGCAGGGUUCAAUUCUAGGUGUCGAGGUUGAUAUUCAUAGAAAAUCAUUCUCCACUCAACUAAUGCGAAUGGAAGAAACACAAGACCUGGAGAAAACAGUGAAAAGUGAAAAUGGAGGAAUGUUGGGACCCCAGAUGUUUUGCUUAACAAUACCUCAGGUUGAUGGAGGUUCCGUUCUUUCAAUUAAUGUCAGUUGGUCUCAGAGAUUAAUGUACUCUGAGGGUCAGUUCUCUGUCAGUGUACCUUUUAACUUCCCAGAAUAUAUUGUUCCACCUGGAAAGAGAUUUCCAACAAAAGAGAGGAUACAAUUGAAUGUCGACACUGGUAUUGGAAAGGAAGUUAUGUGCAAGACGACUAGCCAUCCUCUGAAGGAAAAAAGACGCCAAGUGGGGAAAUUAUUUUUCUCGUAUGAAGCAGAUGUCAUUACAUGGUCAAGUACUGAUUUUCAUUUCUCAUAUAUGGUUCCUUUGAGUGAUAUACUUGGCGGCUUGCUUUUGCAAUCUCCAUCUGUGGAUGACUUUGAUCAAAGAGAAAUAUUUUGCCUCUAUCUUUUUCCUGGAAACACCAAGAAUAGAAAGGUUUUCAGAAAAGAAGUGAUUUUUCUUGUUGAUAUAAGUGGAAGUAUGCGGGGAAAGCCUCUAGAGAAUGCUAAGAUUGCGCUUACAGCUGCCCUCUUCAAGCUUACUCCAGUGGAUUCAUUUAGCAUAAUAGCAUACAAUGGAGAAAUUCACGUGUUCUCAUCAUCUUUGGAGUUGGCAACAAUGGAGAUAAUAGAAAAAGCAACAAAAUGGAUGAGUGAUACUUGUGUCGCAGGGGGCGAGACAAACAUUCUAACCCCCCUAAACGAGGCGAUGGAAAUGUUAUCAGAUAGUGAUGAUUCAAUUACUCAAAUUUUUCUUGUCACUGAUGGAGCUGUCGAAGAUGAAAGAAACAUUUGCCAGAUGAUAAAAGAUCGUACAGAUAGUAGAGGAUCCAGGUGCCCUCGUAUUUCGACUUUUGGUAUAGGUUUGUAUUGUAAUCAUUAUUUCUUGCGGAUGUUGGCAUUGAUUGGUAGGGGACACUACGAUUCCGCAUAUGAUGCAGAUUUAAUUGUCAUUCGAAUUCAAAGAUUGUUCACAACAGCUUCAUCUCCCAUACUAGCAAAUAUAACCAUUGACAUUUUCGACCAAAACGAUGCUUUUGAGGUGUAUCCUUUCCCCAUUCCGGAUCUUUCAUCAGAAUGCCCUCUGUUAUUAUCAGGCAGAUACGAAGGGAACUUUCCAGAUUCCUUUGAAGCUAAAGGUAUCUUUGCAGACACAAGUAACACGGUAAUAGACUUGAAAGUGCUCAGGGCAAAAGACAUCACUCUUGACAAAAUUUUUGCAAAGAGACAGAUUGAUAUACUCACAGCUCAAGCAUGGUUUUCUGGAAGCAAACAGCUCGAGGAGACGGUUGCGAAAAUGAGUAUCCGAACAGGCGUUACAUCUGAGUAUACCCGUAUGGUCUUACUUGAGACCGACAAACAAAAGCUUGCAUUGGAAUCAGCUGGAUUAAAAGAGGCAAAGAAAAUUGGGAAGCGGAAGAAGGCAGCCUCCCAAGAACCCAAGAAAAUGCCACUUCAUGGCCUGUCCAUUGGCUUCGGCAAUGUGGCUGCUACAAAUGAGAAUACACCCUCUGGAUUCGGCGAACUGAAACUGACUGAAUCUGAUAUCAUCUAUGAGAAGACGUCCCGCUGCUGUCACAAGCUCAGCUGUUGCUGUUGCUGCUGCCCUUGCUGCAUCAAUGUAUGUUCAAAAAUGAAUGACCAGUGCGUGAUCUUUGUCACCCAACUCUGCGUUGCACUCUCAUGCCUCGGCUGCAUGGUUUGUGUGGAAGGAUGCUGUCCGGACGACAACUGAACUGGGCCUGCAUUCAAUGGUUUGGAUUACCUUCUGUAUAUCAGGAUUAAUCCAUGGUUGAUCUCAGUAAUUUCUUCUGUUGUUAAAGAUGUUUGCUAGAGUCCUCACCCGUUCUGCCCCCCACCAUGUUGUGAUCCAGACCGCUCAUCUAGCUCUGCCUACCUUGUAUGGCAUACUUGCCCACAGAUUAUAGAUUUUCAUUGUCCACACAUGUUGAGAUAACACGAUAGUAUUCAAUUCACCUUUUGAAUGAACAGAUUAAAAUUUUUUUUUGAUGGUCAUGUGGCCCAUCUAUGUGGGAUCUUUAAGAUGAACGGCCUGGAUCACUAUUUGUUGGGUCAGGGGAGGAGUUCUUGGGUGAGCCAGCGCUAGCAUUUCUCUUUGUUUAAAUCUUAUUGUGUAAUCUCAGCCGUUCAAUACUAAAUCUCACGACUACGACUUUUCAUAUUUGUAAAUUACAAUUCACAAUGUUCUUCCUAAUGUUGAUUCA